AAUAAAAGAAUAAGGACCGGCGGGGGAAGGGAAGGGGAGGGGCUGCUGUUGCGAAAGAGGUGGCCGGACCGCCCGCCAUGCACCGGGGAGGGCCGGAAAUCCUCGCAAGGUCACCUGAUCCGGCCGCCCCCUUCAUUGCAGGACACAAGCACGCACGAGAGAGAGAGAGAGAGAGAGAGAGAGAGACCCCCCCGGCGGCGAGCGAUGCGAAGCGUCCGAGGAGGGACUUGGUCAUGGGUUUUUCCUUGCGAGGGAUGAUGAGACCAUCUGUUCCGGUAGAGAUAUCGAGUGGAUCUACGUUGGUGGUUCUGAGGUUGUUUUGUCGCUGUUGCCGGCGUCAGCGGCGGACUUUGAUUCGGCGAGGCGAAGAAGCGACGGUGGGUCUAAGCGGCGGAGGUUGAGCAGGGCAGCAACCCCGAUGACCAUGGAUCUGCUCGAGCCUGCUGUUUAUUUGAGAUCGGUUCCGAUUAUUGUGUUUUACCUUUUCUGCAGCCACCAUAAACAGAUCUAAGAGCGCGCGUCUCUCUCUCCGUCCCUCUCUCUCUCUCUCUCUUUCAUAUACGGCGGCGGCGGCGGCGGCGGCGAUUGGCCGAGGCAGCGGCGAGGUUCGAUGGACCGUCAUCGGUGGAUGGACGGCCCCUGCCACCGACCAAGGUCUAAUACCAAAAGGGUUGAACGCUCGCAGCAAAUCUUCGAAGACCAGAUGACCCGCCAUUCCUUCUCCCCAGAUUUUUCAACUCCGCAGACCCAGCAAGCCUCUAUAUAAUUCUGCCAUUUUGCUGCCCCAUCUUUCACUUCGCUUUAGCCGUUGGAGCGAUAGCAGUACACUGGAGAACGACUUAUAAUCUCCCAUCCGUCUGAUGUUCAUGUCGAGGCUGAAAAGCGUCAGGCUUUUCGACCCGCUCCUCCUCGCGCGCCAGGGCUCCGUCCCGAGACCGGUCGUCCGAGGCCUCUUUUUUAGUACUUUGACUCCUCGCAAGCCAAGGGCUUUAGAGGGUUUAGCUCCUAGGGUGCCAUUUCCCAUCAGAUUCAAGUCCGUCAGUGCAUCGUCAGCUUUGAGGCAAGGCAUGACUGAACAUAACGAUAGUGGGAUCGAGCAGAUUCAAUUGCUCGAUGGGUUUCAGGAUUCAUAUGGAGGAGUCACUGUGGAGAUGAAGGAGCAUAUGGACGCUGAUGUCUUUGCCCCUUUGCUCCGGGCUUCAAUAUCAAGCUGGAAACAACAGGGGAAGCAGGGAGUGUGGAUCAAAUUGCCCAUUGAAUAUUCGCAUCUUGUUGACAUUAUUGUGAAGGAAGGAUUUAGGUAUCACCAUGCUGAACCAAAUUACUUGAUGCUUGUCCGCUGGCUUGCUGAGACCCUGGAUACUCUUCCUAUGAAUGCUUCACAUAGGGUGGGCGUUGGCGCUUUUGUCUUGAAUGAUAAAAGAGAGGUGCUUGUAGUCCAAGAGCAUAGUGGUUGGUUCCAAGGUAAGGGUGUAUGGAAACUCCCCACUGGAGUUGUGAACGAGGGUGAGGAUAUAUGUGAUGCAGUUGUCAGGGAAGUAAAGGAAGAGACCGGAGUAGACACUAAAUUUGUCGAAAUCCUUUGUUUCAGACAGAGCCACAAAUCAUUCUUCACAAAGUCGGAUUUGCUCUUCCUUUGCGUGCUUCAGCCAGAAUCAUCUGCUAUUGAUAAACAGAAUGUAGAGAUUGAGGCAGCCCAGUGGAUGCCAAUUGAGGAGUACGCAAAACAACCUUUCGUUGUUAACAACGAGCAAUUCAAUUUCAUGGCGAAUAUAUGCUUGGUGAAGGCUGAUCAUGGCUACCCUGGUUUAAGUGCUCGGGCCACAACUAGUGGGGGUGGCAAAAGGAAUUACAUCUACUGCAAUAAGCCUGAAAUUGUGGAGAACUUUGCAAGUUUGAUGUAAUUACUAAAAAAUAUGAAUUUUUUAAUUCUUAAUUUUAAAUUACUUUUAUUGUUUAAUAUUUUAAUAUUUUCUUUUUUUUCA